UUCCACGCCCGCCCCCCCUUCUUCUCCAUUUACCUUGGCCCCUUCCCCCUCCACCUGCCUUUUGCGCUCGCGCCGGAGAGAAUGCCCCGCUCGGCGUCCUCGAUUGAUCGGAUCUUGGCUUCGGCCGCCGUGGAGCGGCUUCCGCCCCCUUCGCCGAAAUCCGACAUCCUGGGGCCUCUGCCAUCUGGCUGGACUGCGCGCACCGUGCGCGAGGGGGUCCUAACCCGUGUGGUUUUCCUAGAUCACAAGCGCAAGCGAACUUCCUGGCUGGAUCCUCGCAUUCCGAUUGCCAUCAGCAAGGGGCUUGUCGACCCGGAAACUUACCGAGGCCCGGAUGGCCUGCCCCUUGGCUGGGAGCGCCUGGUCGAUGCCCAAACCGGACGCCAGUAUUUCAUCAACCACCUGAACCAGACGACCCACUCGCGUGUGCCCGACUCGACCUGCUCUAGCCCGGCCAUGUGCGGGGCUGGCAGUGCCACCUCCCUGCCAUACGCCCCGCCGGGCGAGAUGCAGGCAUUCACCGGGACCCUGACGCCCGGACAGUCGCCGGCCCUCGGGUCGACCCCUGGGGACCAGGCCCCGGCCGGGCACUUCCGCCUGCCAGGAGCCCCCGCCACCGUGGCCGAGGCCAGCGGCUUCCUCGUCAACACCAGCUACACGCGCAUGAGCCGCUCGGUGGACUUCCGGUCGUCCCUCGACAGCCCGGCCGACGGGGCGGAUUUCCUGCAGACCGUCCCCCCCGAGGACACCUACGACCCGAGCUUCCUCGAGACGCCCACCGAGACGCUUUCCUCCAAUGUGGCGGCACCGGCCAUCGAGGGGACGCCCAAUGCCGGAACCCCGGCUAACUCGGCCACGCUGGCGGACGAUCUUGUGGAUGAGGCCGACUCGGCCGAGCUGACGGUCGAGCUUCCGGUGGACUCUCCGAAUGUCGCGGACGUGGAGCACGUGUCUCCGACUGACCGCGUGCCGGCCCCGAGUGCGGUGCCCGGGGGGGCCGACCUUGACGGCUCCAAUACCGAGGAUCACCGGCAGGUGGACGCCGGUGAGAAGCCCACUCCCCAGGCCGAGGAGCUUCUGUUGAUUGCCGCGGAGCCGCUGUCGAUUGCCGCGGAGCCGCUGUCGAUUGCCGCGGAGCCGCUGUUGAUUGCCGAGCAGCCGCUGUCGAUUGCCGAGCAGCCGGCCAGCCCCGCGAGCCACGGCGCAGACCCAUGCGCUGUGACUGUGGAUUCGAGUGGUGUCGGCAUCUUGGCCUCACCGGCUUCCAUCGAUCGGGCGGACUCCCCAUUGGAGGUCCACGACCGGGCCCUGACGGCCUCGGGAGCGGACCUACCUUCGGACCGAGCCCAGCCACAGUUGGGGGAUGGUGGUGGCGAGCCGUUUGGCCAGCCGGACCCGGCCACGGCCGAGCUCCUUGCCGAAGCCGACCGGAUCGAGGCGGCCUUCCUCGCCGCGCCCACCACGGCAGAUGGCGGACCCGAAGGGGCCGGCGCGAUGGAGGAAGCCUCGCCGGCUGUGUCGGCUCGGCCGAAGUCCCUUGCCGGGGGCGCGAACCCGGAUGUGCCGCGCCUCUCGAUUCGGACCUCGCCGCUUCGCGCCCAGGAGUCCUCGCCCCCCCUCGGGUCCGGGCAGGGGUGCGGCAGCGCCGCCGACGAGGACCUCACCUCGGUGCUGGAUCGCCAGAAGGUGGACCCUGACCAGCUCAGCUUCCGUGAGCGCAUGCUCUUCUUUGCCUCGCAUACGGCCACCACGCCGGUGACCACGCCCAUUACCAGCACCGGCGGCGGCAUCGGCGGCGGGUCGCGCCAUGGCACCCUGGGGAGAGCCAACGGCCGGCGCUGCUGAUCGGGGGCGUCCUCAGCUCUGAGGCCCAUGCAGUAUGGGCAAGAGAAAAAUACACCCGGCAAUUCACGCCUGCUCGGGGACCAUGAAAUACACAAAAGCUCAUCAA